CAACGAAUCAUGCAAGCUUGUCAUUAAAAGAAAAAGGACGAGACUACGAGCGUCUGGGAUCAAACGGCGACUGAUUCGGAGUCCGGACGAGGGAGAAACGAAGCAUUAAACAGAGGCUGAGCAAGCCACACGGGCACAACCCACACGGCCGUGUAACCUGGCCAUGUGGCCGUGUGGAAAUCACCGAGCCUUCACACGGGCAGCUGGAAAUGCCACACGGCCGUGUGGCCUGGCCGUGUGAGUCGGGAAUUGCUGGUUAAAACCCGAUUUUCAGGAAAAGGAGAGGGAGAGAGCUGGGGUUUGGAUCCCAAACACCCAAGGGACGAACCCUAGAGAGAGAGAGAGCGAAUUGGGAACAUUCUUGGAGCUAUUUUGGAGGAUUUCUUCGCCAUUGGAGCUUGGGAAUCAAGCUUGGAGAUGGAGAUUGAAGAUCUAGAUCAGAUUUCUGCAGUCUCUCUCUUCUCUAUGGAGUAACUUCCCUUCACUUAGGUUUUGAGGAACCCUAGUUCCAUGAGUUAGGAUCUUUCUUGUAUGAAGUUUUGGAUGCUAUAUUGUUUGAUUAUAAUCGAUUGAGGCAUGAUUUAUUGAGUCAAUUGAAUCUUGAUCAAAUUCUCUUGAUUUCUGCUUUAACCUAUGAUAGAUAGAAUUUGAUUAGGUUAAGAGAGCUUCCUUGAUUGAUAGUGGUGAAUUGGUUGUGCGAGAGUCAAUCAAUCCACUGCUUUGUACUGGAAUUCAUUCCACUAGUGGAGAUCUGUGUGAAUCGCCUUAGCAGUCUAUCCCGGUGAAGGCUAGUCGCCUGCCGGGUAUUCUGUCUGAGAGGGCUUGGUCAGCUUAAGAGAUUCCAAGCUAAUUGAGGAUCUUCCGCAGUUUAAUCAACAGUAGAUCAACCAAAGGUAAUUGCAACUUGGACCUAAUUGAGGAGCUAGGGGGAAUCAUACCAAAGUGAGUUCCCAACUUGUAAUUAGUAGAGUAGUCAGUAGAGUAGUUUAGUAAAUCAAUCCUUAAUCUAGUUUGCUAGAUAAUGAACUGAAGCUGAGUAAUAGUAACUCUAGAGACCCGUGGAUUCGAUAUUUAUUACUUGUGCCACUAUACUGCAGUCCCUUUCAUUGGUUACACUUGGCCAUUGUUAGGUGUUGUGUUUUAGAGCAUCAGGAAACUUCCACAACAAUGAAACAUGGUAGUUCCUAGACUCUGGAUGCUCCAACAUUAUGAGUGGUGGUAGAAGUUGGUUCACAGAACUAGAUACCAAGUUCAAUUGCACUGUCAGACUUGGUAAUGACACCAGACUAAAUGUUGUGGGAAAGGGAACUGUCAAAUUGUUGGUAAACCAAACAUCAUUGUUGGUGCAGGAGGUGUUCUAUGUGCCUGCACUCAAGUCAAACCUGUUGAGUGUGGGUCCACUACAGGAAAAGGUCUCUCCUUUCUCAUCAAAAGAGGAAUGUGCAAACUAUUCCAUGAAGAGAGAGGUCUGGUGUUGCAGACAGAAAUGAAAUCAAAUCGAAUGUUUGUCUUACAAGCUGAAGCAAGAAGAGGAAUAGAUGGGCAAUGUCUGCAAGUGUAUUAGUCAAAAGAAGAUUCCCUAGAGCUAUGGCACAUAAUAUUUGGACAUAUAAGUGUUCAAGGGUUGCUGGAUCUUCAAAAGAAAAAGCUAGUUCAAGAUUUGCCAAGUCUGAAAGGUGAAACAGGAAUCUAUUGGACAUUGACUGAUGAGUUUAGUAGGAAGCUCUGUGUGUAUUUCAUGCCAGCCAAAUCUGACACUCUAUAACACUUUAAGAAGUUCAAGAGUUAUAUAGAGAAGGAAACUGGAAACAACAUUCUGUGUUUGAGAACGGACAGGGGAGGAGAGUUUAUGCUGCAUGAAUUUAAAGAUUUAUGUGACGAGGCUGGAAUAAAAAGACAGCUUACUGCUGCUCUUACACCUCAGCAAAAUGGGGUGGAUGAAAGGAAAAACAGGAAAAUUAUGAAUAUGGUAAGGUGUGUUCUGGAGGAUUGCAAGGUGCUUGCAUCCUUCUGGACAAAAGGUGUGGAAUGGGCUGCUCAUGUACACAACAAGAGCCCAAAUACUAAUCAGGGGAAAAUAGCUCAGGAGAUCUGGACAGGACAUCCUCCGUCAGUCUCACACCUAAGGUUGUUUGGAUGGGUGGCUAUGUCCAUGUACCUAACCAGCAGAGAAAGAAACUGGACAACAAAAAAGUGUGAGAUGCCAAUUCUUGGGCAUUUCUGUGGAAUCCAAAGCAUACAAGCUAUUCAAUCCAACCACUAAGAAGGUGGUGAUCAUCAGGGAUGUGGUCUUUGAUGAGCAAAAAGGAUGACAUUGAGAGGCUGAAACACAACCAGUACUCAUUAAGAUCCACUGGGAAGGAAGUGAUGAUGAUUGGCUUGAUUCAGACACUGAAGAAGAAGAUCUUGAUGAAGGAUCUAACAUCAACACAACUACAAAUCAAUCACCACCACCAACAAAUCAUGUACAAGUCACUCCCAGCACAAACCAAGAAGAAUAGGAAGAAGAAAGCUUUGGUUCUCCUUCUGAUGUUCUUGGUCUGCCUGCCACAGAAUUAGCACCACGAGUAAGACACCCUCCUAGCCAUUUGUCAAUCUAUUAUUGUAGCUUUGUUGAUACAGAAUGGAGGGCUAUGGUAGUUGUGUCAGAUGAUCCAAUUACUUUUGAAGAAGCAGUGCCUGACCCCAAGGGCUUGGUACAAUAGGAUCGAGACUCAUUUUUUGAAUUCAGGUUUUGAAAGAAGUUCAUAUCAACAUACACUGUUCAUUAGGAAAGAAGGGGAGGAAAUCCUAAUAGUCAGCUUGUAUGUAGAUGACUUGCUGUAUAUAGUAAACAGUUCCAGGCUAAUGAAUGAGUUCAAAGACUCCAUGAAGGCUGAGUGUGAGAUGACUGAUCUCGGGAAAAUGAGAUUCUUUCUGGGGGUUGAAGUUAUUCAGAAUGGUGCAGGGAUCUUUAUUUGCCAGCAAAAUUAUAUUAAAGAGGUACGGGAAAAGUUUAAAUUGGAAGCAUGCAACUCUGUAUUAAAUUCCCUAGCACCAGGAAUGAAAAUGUCUAGAGCAGGAGAUGGUUUGCCAGUCAACCCAACUGAAUAUAAAAGGUUGGUUGGCAACCUGUUGUAUGCCACAGCAACGAGGCCUGAUCUUAUGUAUGUGGUGUGUCUUCUUAGUAGGUAUAUGGAAAAUCCCACUAGGCAGCAUAUGUUGGCUGCCAAGAGGGUGAUUCGAUACCUCAAAGGAACUCUAAGCAUGGGAGUCUGGUACAAGAGAAGGAAUGAAGAGACUAAACUGCUUGGCUACACUAACAGUAAUUAUGCAGGUGAUGUUGAUGACUGGAAGAGUACUAGUGGAUACACCUUUUUCCUUGUAGGUGGAGUUGUGUCUUGGGCCUCCAAGAAGCAACUUGUAGUUACCUUUUCAACCACAGAGGUAGAGUUUGUGGUUACUUCAUUUUGUGCAGCUCAAUGUGUAUGGAUGAGGAGGGUUCUGGAGCAAAUUGGAUGGAAGAAAAGUGUGGCUGGAGCCACGAAGAUGAUGUGUGAUAAUAGCUCUGCCAUCAAGCUCACCAAAAACCCUGUGCUUUAUGGGAGAAGCAAGCACAUCGACAUCUGAUUUCACUUUCUUAGUGAGCUAGCUGCUGAUGGAAUUAUGGAGCUGGAACAUUGCAGAACUCAUGAGCAGAUUGCAUACAUUAUGACAAAGGGAUUGAAGACUGAGACUUAUCAGCUGCUAAGAACAUAACUUGGAAUGGUGGAUCUAUCAGAGUUCGAAGCAACAAGCAAGGAAGUGAGCUGAAGUCAGUGAACCUGCUUCAGUUUAGGGGAAGAUCUGUUGGACCUGGUCUGGAAGUUAGAAGAAGAAGGAAUCCGAAUCCUUAGCAGAGAAGAAUUGAAGUGGCGCCUUUGGAAGUUUGGAUUUUAAUGAAACAGUGUCGUUUAGUUUAUUCUUGUUUGGUACCUACAUUUAUUAGUCGAGUUAGUUUGGUCAGAUUGCAACGGCUUGAGCAAAACAGAUUGCAGAUCUUCAGCUUAGUAGAGGAUUAGUUUGUUGUUGAUUCAUAGGAUAGUAGUUCUGUUAGUUUUUCCUUGGCCAAUUUCAGUGGCCUAGUCUCGUGUAUUUAUUUCCUUUCAUCUUCAAUAAAUGAAUUGUCAGAUUGCAA